CAUAAUUCAAGGCGUUUACUGGCUUGUGGAGUUGAUCCUUUCCAUUUUGCAAUAAAGAAUCACAAACCAAAGUGACUCGUAUUGUCGUUCAUUCAGCUUUGACCUUGUUGUCAUGUUGCCAAUCAGGGUUUCCACGGCCAUUGUGCUGUUUGGUUGCACCGUCUGCUUUCUGCAUGAAGGUGAUAGUGCCAACAUUGGGAAAUCAGUGAAUGAGGAUAAAUCAUUGGCAAAGUUCCUGGCCGAGGCUGCCCAGGAAGAAGUGAAUGACUACAACUACGACCCAGGUGCUUUGGACUAUGAUGAUCCCACCAGUGAUCCGUUGGCAGGUGGUGGAGAUAUUCCAUAUCCAGGUCAGGAUGUCGAUCCGUUUGCACCAACAGCGACAACGGAGAAUCCGAGUCAUCUAGAACCGACCACUUCCAGCGAUGUUCACGACCACGCACAUACAGAUAUAUUGUUUCCACCUGAUGACCCUGUUGGCGAUGAUGACACGUACCCUGAUCCCUUUCCUCAUGAACCACACACUGGCGAGCCAGAUUGCCUUCGAGAACUCUUCAUUCAGGCUGGAAUUCGACCCGCACACAUAUCGCACUACAUCCAGGCCUUCAGAAAUAACAAACUGGACGCUGAUGAACUUUACAACAUGGACUUCUUGCAUCUGGUUCAUCUAUUGGAAACGCCAAAUUAUGGCAUGACAGACGCCCAAGACCUGUACAGCCUUCACGAGUGCACCACAGGCUACGGUGCCUGUGUGCAGGAUCCGCACUGCAAGAAUGGCGGACGAUGCGAGCACGUCGACAUCAUCCAUCGACAUGUGUGCAAGUGCCCGGAGACGUUCCAGGGUGAGCAGUGCGAGGACCCGGUGAAGGAUCGCCUCGCGGAGCUCGAAGAGAACGUGUUGCUUGCGAUAGAUCAGCGACCAAAGCCUACCACGUCCUACACAAGAUGGGGGAAGGAAACUUGCAAUGAGACAGCAGGUGCAACGCUUGCCUUCGCUGGGUCUAUUGGCGGUGCGCUCUCUACCCAUACGGGCAGCGGUUCAAACUACCAUUGCCUCCCGGAAGAUCCUGCAUACCUGGAGUUUGAGCCCGGCAUUCAAAACUAUGGACUUAUCUACAGUGCUGAACUCACCGUUACUGCCUACGCCCCGAUAUUUGCCGGCCUAGCGAACGCCAACCCCAGAUGCGCUGUAUGCCAAACGAAUGGUCGCACGUCAACAAUCACAGUAUCGGGUCGUAACGUUUGUCCGGACGAAUGGACGCUGGAAUACCAUGGCUAUUUGAUGAGCUCAGCAAAGCACGAGUACAGGACAGAGCUUGUCUGCGUCGACCAAUCACCUGAUGUAGUUCCUGGUACCAGUGCAGCCACACCAAGCUCCAAGAUGUACCCAGUAGAAGCGGUAUGCGGCGGAAUUCGCUGUGGUCCUUUCGACAAGACACAGGAAUUAACCUGUGCGGUGUGCUCGCGAUAAUUGCAACAAGUAUUCCCUUCGACUAAUGAACUGAUAGACUAGCACUGGGUUCUUUCGUGGUAUCUCAUCUUUUGCUGCUGCUUCGCUUUUUCAAGAGUCACCACCGAAUAUGUUACAAUUUCUUGUACAUGUGAGACCUGGUAGACAUCACGUUGAAGUAUUGAACUAUUGCUAGUUCUCAUUGACUUUCUUUCUGCAUAUUUUACUUUAAAACACUAGCUAUGUAUGUGUGUUAAUUUGGUCAUCAUCUUACUUUAGAAUUUUGAUAUGGUGUAACUGUAUUUGUAAAACAUUAAUAACGACUACUUUAAUUACACUCUUUGAAGUGCAUAAAGCACAAUGUCGCAGGCUCACUGCAUUACCGGUGAUCCAGAAUCACA